AUGGCAGGGAGGUGGAGGGCAGCAACAGUAGCAUGCGCCAUUCUCCUGAUGCAGCCAUGCUUCCUGCUGCUGUCCUCGUCCUCUGACAUCCCGCCACAGCCUAGUGAGGCCAGGGCACCAGGCACAAACAGGCACCAGGCCCCGCCCUCUGUUCGGUCAGGACAGGAGUCCGAGGACGAGGACGGAUCUAAGAUCCUUGACGCUGCUCUGAGUGGGUUGGACGAGGAUUAUGAGAAUGGACGAGAUGCGAGCAGUCGAGGUUCAGACUCAUUUGAUGAUGAGAAAGAGGGGCAGUCUGAGGACGGUACCGUGCAGUCGCUCCUUGACGUGGAAAGGGCGUACUUCUUGGCGAGAGACUUCGAUGGCGACGGCAAGCUGAGCAGGCAAGAGUUCAUCCGAGAGCUGAGAGACGCCAACUUCGAGGUCUGGAACGCCGAGAACAGCUGGGGGGGAUGGGAGACGUGGAACAUCUCGGAGCGGAAGCAGAUUCUUCCCGACAAGAAGGCAUACAUGUACGGGAAGGACUGGACGGCAACUGUUCCCCAGGAGAAGGCCGAAGAGGCAUACAAGGAGUACGACACCGACGAGGACGGCUUCGUGACCUGGAACGAGUGGAGGGCGAUGAUGUUUCACAGCCGGCCGCAGAUCCCCGAGUUCAAGGACGGGGCAGAGAUCUUCGACCCCUCGGGCAUCCUGGAUAGCGACGUGAGCCCGCAGGAGAUUGCAAGGUUGAAGAAGAGGUUCGAGGAUGCGGACGCUGACAAGGACAAGUCCAUGAGCGAGGAAGAGCUGUUCCUCCUCUUCAAGAAGAGCCACGAUGAGCCCGAGGUCGUUGGGGGGAUUGAGGACUACGUCAGGCCUUCGGAUCAGGAGCUCCGUGCGGCGUCGCUCAAGCUUCUGAGGCUGUACGACAUGAACAACGAUACUGUGAUCAGCUUGCAGGAGUGGUUGGACGGGGGAGGGUUCUAA